GUUUCUACAGACUACUGGACAACAGCUGACUGUCAGCAGAACGGUAUUUUGAUUUCUCCUUGGCACUAGAAUAGAAACACAGGAAUUAUCUUAAUUGAACAACAAUUUCGAGACCCUUCACAAAAAAAACUCCUCUCUGAUAGAAAAAUAGACAAACUAAAAGAGGUCUGAGAAUGUACACCGUGCCUUCAUCCAAAGACAAUGAAACUAUCCCAGUUCCAACCAGUCUUAGAGAUUCUCUCUCAUGUCUUGAUGUUGUGUGGGCUGACAUGUUUGAGACUGAAGACAUUAACCAUGACAGAGUGAGACAGCAGCAGACUGAAUUUCUUAGAGGAGCUCCACCAAAGUGGCAGAAUUUUUACACAUCAGUGAAUCAGCGGACAGUAGUACCACUAGUCGAAAGGGACGGCUUCAACGAUUUAAUACAGUUAGUUGAGAAAAGAAAAAGAAAACAAUGUCUUAUCACAGAUGUUUCUCUAAGAUAUCAGUCUGGCAGUGGAGGGUCAACUCUUGCCAUGCAGGUGCUUUGGCAUUUCCGGAAAGAUCUCAGAUGCACCAGAGCGAUCGAUUCAGAUCUAAACACUAAGCUGUCAAACCUGUCAAAACAAGUGGUGGACCUUUUUCUUCUGUCUAAUGAAGAACGGGCAAAACAAGAUCGUAGAACUGUGCUGCUGUUACUGGACACCAGGGAAAAGACGGACAAUGAUCUGCCAAUCAAGAAUGUUCUCUGUAAUAAACUGAUUGAAGAAAUCCGUCGGAGGGGCAUCUAUACAUACACUCCAGUUGUGAUCAUUUUGAACUGCAUCCCUACAGACUUCACUCUAAACGACAAAAUGAUUCUUCCCCCAAAUCUCUCUGAAGAGGAAAUUAAACAAUUCAAGGAAAAAGUUCUGCAACAGAUCCGACUACAGGGGAAAAGCCAAAGGAAAGUUACAACCGUUAAUUUGUUGCACCACAAAGACAGCAGCGGAUCAACACUGGCCCAUGAGGUGCUGUCAGACUUGAGUGAGGAGUUCACAUGUGAGACCCUGAGAGAACCAUUUAAUACAGAUAUCACAGAAAAUGAAGAGGAGCUCAGACAUAAAGCAAGUAAAAAAACUGUUUUUCUCCUGUUGGAUAACAAAGAUGACAAGCCACUUCGCCACUUAUUAAAGAAUCUGCAGUCGAAGCUUAAGCGUGCUGAUCAUCCUGGAUUCAUCAUUAUUAAUGCUGUAGGCAAGAGCGCUGUUCGAGUACCAGGUGUUGUGAAACUUAAAAUGGAGCUUUUACCAGAUGAAAAGAAGAGGUUUGAGAAGUGGCUGGAGCUGGAAAAUGAAAACAACAAAAUGUCACAGAAGUUACAUUCCUUUAACAUUAUGCAGAGAGGUUUCCAGAGAGAGGAUGCAGAGAAAGUGAUCACAGAAGAAAUGGUGAAUCAUAUUGAAAAGGACCCAAAGUCAAGCGGAACAAGAAUUUUUAGUUUUCUGGCUUUAAUAAAUUCAUAUGUUCCAGGUUCACACUUGUCAGAGUCUUUUUGCAAACAAUUCAUUGCCAAAAAAGAAAACUCCAUUGAUGAGGGAAAACCUUCACUGGAAAUGAUACUGAAGCCUUUCGAGGAUCUCACUGUAAUUUUCUCAGAGGGAGAACAGAAAGCCGACUGCAUACGUCUGGCACAUCCAAUGAUAGCUGAUGCCUGUCUAAAACUGUUGACCAAGCACAAUUUUACAAAAUUCGAUAUUGCUCUGGACUUCUUGGGAAAAUCAGAUGAGAUCAGUUAUUUACAAACUUGCAAGAGCAUGUUAGUCACAAGGGUUGAGGGUCUGAUGGGAAAGGAAAAAUUUUCCAACCUGAUUCUUGAUGAAGUAAAAGAUAAUGCUGAGAAUUGCAUUGCUUUGUUGAAGUUGGCUACAGAUUCGUUCUUAGCAGACCCUUUUUAUCCUCAAGCACUUGCACGUUUCUAUUACAUUAUGGUAGAUAAUGUAGUAGAUGAAAACAUCUACGAAAAUGCAAAAAUAUAUGCAACAAAGGCUAUUGAAAGAGAUCCAAAAAAUUCUCAUCUAAGAGACACAUUGGGGCAGCUUCUCAAAAACCAGCUUAACCGUAAAAACCCCCCAAAGAUGAAUUUGGCAGUUGCAAACUCUGCCAUUGAUGCAUUUAAUGCUGAAGCUAAAGCAGCUGAAGUCGAGUCAAAACACGACAACAGAUUCAAUAAUAGAGGCUUUUUUGGUUUUCUCCAGGUUUGCAAUAAAAUGUAUGAUAUGGCACUAAAGAAAACUCUUGAACAAGAAUACAAGGGUGAUCUCAGAGAUGAUAUUGAGGCCAGAUGUGAUUUCUUUGAAUGGUACCUGACAUACUCAAAACCAAACAUUGAUAAAGAGGACCUACACUACUUGUGUAAAGAUGUUAAAACAUGCUACACACACUAUCUGCAGACUGGUGAAAUGACCCUAAAAGAAAAAAAGUCUUUUGCAGGACUUCUUAAUUUCUUACAAUCUGACAUCAAUGUCCUUGAACAAAGUUGGAAUGUAAUCGCAAAUCCACAGUCCAAUAAUGAAACCCAAAUGGUUCAUUACACUCUUGUCAACAUCAUCUUGAGUCAGUUUGAUAAGCCGUGUGAAAAUCUUCAGGAUCUUCAGGCCAGGUUACAGGAGCUUUGGAAAACAGAAGAAAAACACAGAAGCCCAGAGUUUUAUCUCUUGAUUCUUUUGCUCUUUUGGCCUGAUGAAGCACAGCCAGUACACCAAGACUCUCCAAACCUUGAAAACUGUGUCCAAUAUAUGAGACAAUCAUAUGAGAGACUGUAUCAGAAAUACCUUCACAGUCGCUACCUGGUGCCUCUGUUCUUCUUAGGGAAAGGAAGUGGUUUGCAGAGACUGGUUCACAAAAAACUGUGUAAAACUGAUCUGGAUCUCCUCACUGAAGGAGAUGAAAAUGUAGAAGUCAGUUGUCUUCAGCGUAUAAACGGGGAGGUGAAAAAUCUUAAGGUGUAUGCUGUUAGAGAUGGGCAAAAGAUUCAAGUCACCCCUCACAAUAAGGAUUGUGUGUACAGAGAAGGCGAGGUGUCUUUCUAUCUUGGCUUCACGAUCGAAGGACCUGUUGCCUACAACAUCAGUUAUGAUGAGAACAAGUUAAUAUCUGAAUUGUGUGAUUUAACUGCUCGACUUGGUGUCAGAGGGAUGGAAUGAAUCACUGAACAUAAAUGUUCUUAAAUGUCACACCCAGGACAUAUUUCAAAUGUCUUCUUAAUAUUUUUGUUUCUAAGUUCUGAAGAAAAAGAAAGACAGAAAGAAAGUAAGAAAGGUGGGGGGUUGAUAUAAAAAGUAGAGUUCAGUUACUAGUUUCUUGAUCAUAGCUUUGGUAUCAUUGGUUCUGGUAAUUCAUUACAUCUGUCGGCCAGAAUUACCUUCUGUGUUUCAUGUUAGUCCAGUACAUGUGUUUUACAAAUUCAGACAGAUUAAGAAUACUUAUAUUAAAAAGCAUACAAUUUAUAGGGGAUUUUUGGGUCAUAUAUGAAUAUUGUAAUAUUAUAAAAGUCUUAAUUGACAACUGUAUGAUGUUGUAUGGUAUCAGCAGAAAAUUAAGGAAACAACAUACAUUCAUGUGCAUAUCAUUUAUAGUUCUUAGAUUUAAUCAUACACUAUUCAAAUCGAGGUUGUAUGAUUUAUUUACAUUUUGUGUCAAUUUUGUUUUUGCUGAUUUGAUACUUUUUUAAUAAGGAAAUGGUGUGCCUACUCUUUAAGCCUUAAAUGUUUAUCUAAUAUCUAGUAUUUUCUUGCGGAAAUAUUAUUAUCUCUACAUAUAAUUAUUAUAG